AUGGAUUAUUUCUUAACCAAUACUGAUGAUAUCAGUGAUUGUGAUGCUCAAUCGGACAAGUCAAAUUCAAAUAAUAAUAAUGUUAGAAAUCAUACACAAAAAUCAACACUUACAGAAAAUAUUGGGAGAAGUAGCAGACGUAAACAAUUAGCUCCUCGUUCACGACUUGUUCGUCAAUGUGAUGAAUGUGAUUUUUCAUCAUCAAUAAUAAAUGAAUUUAAAACUCAUAUGAAAUUUGAACAUGGACAUGAUCAAGUAUUUCUAUGUGAUAUAUGUCGAUAUUAUUCAUUAUCACCAUUAGAUUAUCAAUUACAUUUGAAUUCUCAUCAAAAUAAUCAUUCAUUAUCAAAAUCAAAUAUAUCAUUGCAUGAACAACAAAUUGAAUCUGAUGGUGAAAUUGAUGAUGAUGAUUCAAUAAAUAUUUUUUCCAAAGAACAACAUUCAACAUUAUUUGAAAAUGAUGAACAAAUUUCCGAUGAUGAACAAAAUCCUUCAACUAGCACAAACAAGAAACUUAAUCUAUCCGUUACUUCAUCACAUUCUAAUACAACACAACAAACAUCAUCAUCUGUACCUGAUCGAAAACGUCCAUAUAACGUAUCUGUUGAUCCAGCACGAUAUCGUCGUGUACCUGACCCAGAUGAUGCAACUGCUGUAAAAUUUGCUUGUUCAUUAUGUGGUAAUUUAUACAAAUGGAGAAAAAGUUUAAAUAAACAUUGGAAAGAAAAACAUAACGACGAAAGUCCACCACCACUUGACGCACCUGUUACUAUUCGACCACCAAAAUCAUCAUCAAAUACAACAAUUCAAUCAAAAAUAUCUAAUCGUACAAGUGAAAUGUUACCACAAACAUCUUUAAAUUCGACAGCAACAUUAGCACCAUCACUACCAUCAUCAUUAGUACCACCACCACCACCUCCAGCACAACAUCAUCCAGCAUUUCCAUUUAAUCCAUAUUCAUGGAUUAAUUUUGCUUCUCGAACUGAUUUUCAACAAAUCUAUUCAUCAACAUCUAUGGAUCAAUCAUUAAAUCUUCCAUUAGAUUUAACAAUAAAAUCAACAAAAAAAAAUACAUCAUCAUCAUCAUCACCACCAUCAUCAUCAUUAUCAAUAUCAACUGAACAAAAUCCAAUAAAAAAACAUCAUCGUGAUAGUAAUAGUAGUAAUGAUGAACAACGUGAUAGUUCAAAUUAUAAUCAAAAUGAUAGUGAUAAUGAUAAUAUUGAUGAUGAUAAUGAUGAUUGUCAUUCAGAACAUGCAUCAUCAUCAAGUCCACCAAAUGCAUAUGGACAAAAAAUAUUUAUUUGUUCUAUAUGUGAACAACGUUUUCUUGCUAUUGAAACAAUAAAUGAACAUUUUUUAAAAAAUCAUCUUAUGGAAUUAGAAAAUGAAAUAGCUGGUAAAUCACCACCACGUAAUACAAAUGUUGCACAACAAAAUGAAGAAUGGAAUUUAAGUGAUCCAAUUAAUCCAUUAAAAUGUAUACAAUGUGAUUUUAUUGGUCGUUGGCCAACUGAACUUCAAAAACAUGCUGCAUCACAUUCAACAUCACGACCAUUUAAAUGUCUUAUAUGUUCAUUAACAUAUAAAUGGCGUUGGGAUUUAGCUAAACAUUGGGAUCGUGCACAUGCAUGUGGUGUUAAAGGUAUUAGUUUAAUAAAUCCAUAUAAAAAACGUGAUCGUGAUCAAGCACGUUCAAUGAUGGAAUUAACACCAACAACAAAAGCUAAUGGUGAUCAUCAUUCAACAUGUUCAUCAAUAUCAUCAACAUCGACAAUUAAAAAAAAUUCAUUUAGAAAUUCUGAUGAUGAUGAACAUAGUCAACAUUCAAUUAUAUCUGAUAAUGAUGAACAACAACAACAACAACAACAACAACAACAAAUAAAACGUAUUAAACAAGAUGAUGAAAAACAUUUACCAUUAUUACCAACAUUUUUACCUCCGCCACCACCACCAAUACCAUCAACAACAACAACAGCAACACCAAAUAUGUUUUUUCCACCACCAUCAUUUUUUUCUCAUCAUCCAAUGUUUUCAUCAUUUCUUAAUCCAUCACUAUUACUUCAACCAAAAUUUAAUUAUCCAUCACGUUCAUCACCAAUAUCAAUGAAUACAAAUUUAGAUUUAUUUAAACAAGCAUCAGCUUUUGUUCAACGUACAAAAUCACCAAAUUCAUCAAGAUCAUCAUCACCACGUACAUCAUCACCUUUACAACAACAACGAAUGCAUGCUGUUGCUGCUAUGGUUGCAGCAGCUAAUGGAAAUAGUAAUCAUCUUCGAAAUCAACAACAACAACAACAACAACAACAACAACAACAACAGCAACAACAACAACAAAGAAAAUUUGAAAAAGAAGAACGAAAUUUUCAAUGUCGAUGGUGUGAUUAUCGUGGUAGAUGGAGAAGUGAAUUAAUUCAACAUAUGAGAUGCCAUCAUGCUAGAGAUAAACCUUAUCAUUGUUCAGCUUGUCCAUAUGCUUCAAGUUGGAAAUGGGAUGUUCAAAAACAUGUUAAAAAACAACAUGCUCAUGAUACAGCAAAAAUCAUUGAAUUACCUGAUAAAUAUUUAUUUCAAACAACUCUUAAAGCUAAAUAUGAAGGAACCGAUGAUCGUACAUUAGCACCAGCACCAUUAACUGAUGAAGAUUAUAGUUUUUUUGGUGCUGAUGUACAACAAAAAUUAUCAUCAAUGAAAUAUACACGUGAUCGUACAUUAGCAUGUCAACAAUGUCCAUUUGCUGCUAAUUCAAUGGCUGAAUUACGACGACAUUUAAUUGUACAUUCAGCUGAAAGUCCUUAUCAUUGUUUUAAUUGUGAUUAUAAAUCAAAAUGGAAAUGUGAUGUUAAAAAACAUAUGCGUUUAUGUAAUCAUCAUGGACCUGUUUUAGUUGGACGUAAAGCUAUGGCAAAAGUUAUGGAGAGUCUUGGUUUAGUUAUUGGUAAUAAUGAUAUAACUAAAACAAUACCAACUGAUAAACAAAAUGUUGCUGCAUUUGCAGCUGCUGCAGCUAUGCAAAUGUCAACAUUUUUUGCUCAACAACAAAAAGAACAAAAAAAAACAAAUGAUAUUAUUGAUGAAGAUGAAGAAGAAAUUGUUGAUGAAGAAGAAGAAGAUGAUGAUGAUGAUAAUGAUGAUGAUGAAAAUAAUAGUUUAAUUAUUGUUGAUGAAAAUCAACAACAACAACAACAACAACAACAACAGGAUGAUAAUGAUGAUAAACAAAAACGUAUAACAACAAAUUCACGUACACAAAAUAAUAAUCUUCGUUGUCGUCAAUGUGAUUAUGAAGCUGAAGAUUUAUCAGAUUUACUUGUUCAUCGUAAAGGACAUGCAUCAAUGAAAUAUAAUUCAAAUUUUGAUCAAAAUUUUCAACAAGAUAAAAUUCUAUUAAAUAAUAAUAAUAAUAGUGAUAUUGAAAAUGAUGAUGAUGAACAAGAAGAAGAAGAAAAAACACGCGACAUUCAAUUAGAUGAAAAAAUGUUUGACUAUGAAUUACAUUGGUUAGAAAAUAAUCCAUUAAUUAAACAAUUAACAACAAUACAACAAAAAAAUCGAAUAAUUAAUUAUCAAUGUUCAAAAUGUAAUUAUACAAUUAAUAAUAAUCGUCAAUAUUUUCUUAAUCAUCUUGAUCAUCAACAUCCAGAAAUUAUACAAAAUUAUACAUAA